CAUAUUCACCUUUUUGGAGAGGCUCCUAAACAGACUUUGUGGUUCCUGAAUAUCAGAGGUUCGCUCACGGUACAGAAUGAGCCGAGAUAAGGAUGCGGGUGGAGGUCCGAGGAAAGUCGCGCAUUGCAGAGGUCAGCCGAAGCUUCCCAUCAUCUUUCAAUCCUUCUCCAAAGCAUUGCACUCGAUCGCUGUCUUGGACUAGCAAACUAUUAAUAUGGCACCUACUCUGGACAAAGUGCUCCUUCAUGGAUACUGCUGGGGCAAUGCCUUCUGGUACGGCUCGAGAGGCCUAUGCCGUGUCGUGGAUCCUCUGAUGGUCAUUGGCUGGUUCCGUCCUCCGGUAGAGCAACACCUCAGCCCGACAGACCUUGAGCUAUACAACGUACGCACCGAUGGCUGGGGCCUCAUCUCCCUCGCAGCCGCUCUCUUAGUCCUUUCCCGCGCCUAUUCUCUCGGCCAUGUCAACAGAAGCUACUCGAAAGCCGUCGUCCUCGUUUCCAUCUUCCAUCACGUCACCACCAUGAUGGGCGCGUACCAGCAUUACAAGCUCGACAGUCACUACACAACCGCAAUGUGGAUUGGUGUUUGGGUCAACCUUUUCCUGACGGUAGUUGGUGCUAUUGUCGUCGGAGAUCUGGGUCAGGGCGUGGGCCAACAAUCCGAGGACGAACCGGACACCGAUGAGUCUGACAAUUGCAACACCCCAGUGUCCGCCAGUCAUGUUGAGCUUGCGUCCGAGUCCAAGCCUGAUCUCGAACCCGAACCAAAGCCCAAACCCCCUGAUAAUCCAGAAUUCAAGCGCGAGACUACUAGUAAUCCAAAACAGAAAAAGUCCAAAAAGUCCAAAAGGACCGCGAAAUUCUUGAAGCUUGUGAAAUUCUUGAGAACAAUAAAAUCCAUGAAAUCAAGGAUCAUGAACUCCAAGAAGAGGAGGAGGUCAAGAAAGGCAAACAUCAAGAAAUCGAGUCCCAGAUGA